AUGUCGGCCUCCAGGCUUCCAAUUGCGCCGCCGCCGCAGCUGGCUAAUGUUACUUCCUCUGCAUUCUCCUACUACGGAACGACCAAAGGAGCGGGCCGACUGCUGCUCGGCCUCUCUGCCGGCGUGUUUUCAACCACAUUACAAGCUGCCCGCUAUGUCGGGAGCGCGUUGGUCUGGCUGUUCUCCGUUGUUGCCUUGGCGGCUGCUUGGCCUUUGGUGCAGCUCUUUUCUCUUCUGCGCUUCCUUCUGUCGCCCGUUACCUACACGUUAUCAUAUGUAGCCGCGCCUCUGGUCGCGUUUGUUUCAUUUCUGGGGCGUCUGCGACCGCUCUACACAUAUCUCGGCUCCGCGGCUUUCAUAGGCAUCGUCACAGGCCUAGUCCUCAAUUUUGCCUCGCGCUACGUUUUUGUUAUCCUCAGGCUGGAUGAAAGCGCCGAACCAAAAGCAGACGGAGAGCUCGAGUCGGACGCGGACGCAGACGAUGGCCUCGAGGCGGAUGGCGGCAAGAUCUCGCCCGUCGGCAAACAGUCCUGGCAAAAGCAGCGGCCGGCCAGACAGCUGAGCGACAAGGCACUGGCCUCACUGUUCUUACCAAAGAGCGCGGCCGUCAUCACACCUCCUGCCGUCGUCAAGACGGAGGACAGCACAACUCCACGGGACGACGUGUGGCAGUGGCUGGAGGAGUACAACCCUAACCAGCCCAUUGUUGCAGGAGAGGGAGAUGGUGGAGGCAGCGAUGCAUCUGCAUCGCUGCUACGAACACAGAGCCCAGGGCCCAGAGGAGUGUUGUCUCUCACUAUCAUGGAAGAAUCGUCCUCGGAGUAA